CUCCCUUUUUCUCUUAAACAUUAAACAAACAAAAACAAAAAAGAUGGGAUUCUUUUCAAGUAUAUUUGGGAAAGGGUCGAAUAAAUCAUACACAAGACUUCCUAGUCCAACGACCUUUAUGCGGUCAAAGCGUUGGAGAGCAAUCACUAUUUUGAAAUAUGCAAUUGUUAUUAUUGCUGCCAUUGUCAUUUCUUUCUUCGCCAUUUGUCAAUUACAACUCAAUGUAAGAGUUUAUUUACGUAACUGGAUAUCGCAUGCCGACGACGCUUAUUAUAAACCACUGGCUGGAUGUUUUGAUAGUCUACCGGAUGACAGCCCUUAUUUAAACGGUGUGAACCAAUACACCUAUGAUGUUGCACCCGGUAUCAGUUUGAUGGAAGAUUACGACUGUUAUGAUUUCGCUGCCACCAUUAAAUCAAAGCCCUUUAUAGAAUACCCUAUUUCUAAAGAAAAGACAGUAUAUCAUGCCUACUGGCGUUCUGACCUGGCCCCUGUCGGUCCUAAACAACUAGCUACUUUACGUUCAUUUUUUGUAACUCAAAAUCCCAACAAUACAGUUUUAUAUCUCUGGUCUAAUGGAGAUCUCUCAUUAUCACCUGUGAUAAAGCAGAUUCAAGAACAUGUGGGUGAUCGACUUCAGACGAAAGUAUAUGUACCUCAUGAAUUGGCCAAAGGAUCUCCCAUGGAAGGUUCUCCUCAUUUGGAUUUUAAGGAUGAUAGUGGUUAUCUUGAUGGUGAUCUUAUUCGAUUAUUAGCCAUCUAUCGCUAUGGUGGCAUGUGGUUUGAUAUGGAUUCCUUAUUUAUUCGAGAUAUGGCUCCGCUUUUAGAACAUGAAUGGUUAUCACAGUGGGAUUGUUUCUUACCUAACGGUUUCCCAUUUAACGGUGCUUUUAUGCGUUUUCACCGCAAAUCACCCUAUCUCUGUGAAAUGUUAUCCGAAUUAGCCUCGGGUCCAUUACCAACACCAGAUACCAUCGACUGGGGAGGUUACAUGUAUUAUAGAAUUUAUCGUAGACUAUUACAUCAUGGUAUUCGUCCUUGGGCUGUCUUACCGUGGUGCUUUACUGAUUCAGUCGUCUGUUCACCGAAAAACUCUAUGCCCAACGCCUUCAUCGAGGCCGAUUUUGAUAAGGAAAGAUUAUUACAGACAUUCGCCUAUCACUGGCACAACCAAUGGAAGAAAGAACCUGGAUCCUUGUUUAGAUUUUUGGAAGAAAGGCAUAAGGAGGCCGCUGGUUGGUAAAAUACAAUAUACAUAUAUCCCCCCCCCCAACCCCAAACCCUACCCUUCGCAUUUGUUUUCUUGUUUUAUAAAAUAAAGUUUUAUAUUGUAUUCAUACUA